GACAGGGAAGCAGGGCCAAUCAGGGCACUAGGUCGUCCAUACGUGUUUUCUGUGUUACUGUGAUCGAUCGAUAUAAACGCUGCUUAUCAAGACCUGCAGUCAUCCGUUACAACAUCCUGUUCACUACAGUACUACAUGCUUCUACAUAAAAAGUAUGACUGAAUCAUCUUAUGAAUAGUUAGAGCCUUGGUUGUUCUAAGUUAAGAAUAAAGAACGUCCUAAAAAUUAAAUGGAAUUCUACAUACAAAUCGAUACAUAGAUAAGCUGAAUUUUUAAAACCAUAUGGAUGUACAGGAUGUGAUGAGAUGAAGUGAUAAAUUCAAUUGAUUGGAAAUACUUAUCACUGUAUAGUGAGGGCUUUAAAAUGGAUCCGAUCGUUUUUAAACCGCAGAUUCCGUGAAUGAUACUUCUGAUACACAACCUGAUGACAUUUCUGAUGUCGUUAAUUUAUGAUUUUAUGGACCGAAGAGUUAUUUCAGCAAUAGCAUUCCUAGAGCUACUCAGUUCUUUAAUAUCUCAAUCUAUGUUGUGUUUGUAUUCACCAAGAGAAUUUAAUAUGUCUAUGGAGUUUUUCUGUCAUUCAGUGAAUAAUUGUGCAUAAUAUCACUUUAUUAUCGUUGCUUAUAAGUGUUUAUGCUUUUACCAUCCAUAUAUAAUAUUUCUAUUAUGAUAGUUGUUUAGGCAAACAGUUGCAUUGUUUUUUUUCCUGAGUUUAUUUCUUUAAAUAAUAUUAAUUUGAUUGGCUAAAAUUCCUCCACGUAAUUUGAUUAGCUAGUUAUUUCUAUAAAAUGUAAGUUAGGGAAGUCGAUAUGAUUUCAAUAAGAAGUUUCUUACUUUUGAAAUAGAUACUUUCAUACAUUAUGUUAUUUGCAAUAUUUGCCGUUUAUUAAGAAAAAAACUCUUGAGCAGCCACUAAUCAAAAGAAUCUGAGGAUAAAGAAAACAAGGAAGGCUAAAAAUAAACAAAGAUGCAUAUGGAAACAGUGAAUUAUGGUGAAGCGGCCCAUUGGAAUGAUAAUGAGUAUAUACAGUCACCAUCAGUAACUAAUUUAAGAAUGAAUAGAUUUCGACGUAUCACUUCAAUGACAUGUUUAUUCAAUAUAAUUUUAACAAUAGCUUUCGUUUUGAUGACUGUGAUUGUUAUCAUAUUUGCUUUAUCAUACUUCGGGAUAUGGUUUAAUAAAUCGCAACCAAAUGUUGUAAAUAUUUUCUGUGGACAAAUUAAAGGUGUUCAAAAGGAUGAUUAUACAAUAAGUUAUUUAGGAAUACCAUACGCUUUACCACCAAUUAAUGAGAAUCGUUUCAAACCUCCCAUUCAUUUAUCUUCAAAGAAAUUAUGUCAUAAAGCCUGGGAACUAAGUAACACUACAGUGAUGAACUCGAUUUAUUACACACAAAACUACAAACCUUCAUGUUUACAAUUACUACCGAAAUCCUCAGGGAAUGCAUUUGAUGGUAGUGAAAAUUGUCUUUACCUAAAUAUACAUGUGCCAGUUAAUAAAAAGACAAUAAAUCAAGCAAAACCAGUAAUUAUUAUAAUAGAUGGAUUAUUUUUUAUGUACAGUAAUGAACCAAAACAGCCUAGCUCAGAUACUAUAUAUAAAACGGAUGCCAUACAUGUAACAUUUAAUUAUCGAAUUGGUCCAUUUGGAUUUUUACCUCAUCCAUAUGAAAAAAUACCAAAUCUUGGAUUACAUGAUCAAUUAUUAGUUUUACAAUGGAUUCGUAAUAAUAUUGCACAAUUUGGUGGUGAUCCAUUCAAUGUCAUUUUAUUUGGUUAUGGUUCUGGUGCAACAUGUGCAUUAACAUUAUUUUAUAGUUCAAUAAGUAAUCAAUUAUUUGAUAAAUUAUGGAUUACUGCUCCUGGAUUAAGUUUAUUAAAUGUAUCUGUUAAUGAUGUCAUUGAAACAAUUCAUUAUGCAUUAAAUUGUCAUGAUGAUAUAAAUCCUAAUAAUUGUUCUAAUUAUAAAUUAAAUAAUUCAAUAAAUAUAUUAAAUAUAUGGAAUUGGACUAUAAUUGAACAAUGGUUAAUGAAUUCAAUAUUUAGUUUACCAUCUAUUCAUGAAUUCAAUAAUAUUAAUACAAAUAGAUUGAUUAAUAUUUUAAUUAAUGAUAAUCAAUUUGUAAAUAUUGAUUUAUGGAAUAAAAUUCUUAUACCAAAUAGUAUUAAACCAAUGGUGAUUGGACAAACCUCACAUGAAGUAUCCAUUUAUCCUACACCUAAAACAAUACCAUUUUGGAAUAAAAAUAUUUAUCAAAAUUAUAUAAUUGAAAAAUUAAAUAUAAAAAAUAUUACAUCAUAUAAUCAAUAUAUUGAUUAUUUUUUAUCAAAUCAUUUUAAUCAUAUAAAUUGUAAAUAUAUGAAUAAUAUAAUAGAGAAUAAGACAAUUGAUAAAGAUCAUGAUUGGUUAUCUAAUUUAAUGUUAUUAAUUACUGAUAGUCGAUUAACCUGUCCAUUAACUGAAUUAGUAAAUACAUUUAUAAAUCAAUAUUAUCCAAUAUAUCAAUAUUAUUUAACUGGAAAUCAUAGAUGUUUUGAUCCAUAUUCAUUAAAUGGUUAUGUAUCAUAUGCAUUUCAUGGUUGGGAUGCAAUGUUAUAUUAAGAACUUAUGAAAUACAUAAUGAUUUUAUAGAUCCAAGUUUAUUACAAUUAAAUGAUUUAUAUCAUAAUGAAAAAGAAUUAAAUCAAUUAAGAAAUAUUAGUGAUUUACUUAAUAUAGCAAUGUAUCAAUUUGCAAGAACUGGUUAUAUAUCUAAUUGGUAUGAAUCAAAAAAGGGCAAUAUAAUGUGAAUUUAAUUGAAAAUGAUCAAUUAUGUAAAUAUGUAAAUAUAAUGAAAGAACGUUGUAGUUAUUGGAAAUUAUUAUUUAAUAAUAAUUUAUUUCAAUCAACAUGGAAAUUUUAAUUUAUUGAUUUUUUUUCUUCUUUUUAUAUUAUACUGUAUAAUUGAGACAAUUUUUAUAAUCUGCUGUUAUGAUAUCAAGAGAAAAUCUUCAAUAAAAGAUCAUUGAAGAAAUGUAAUCCAGUACAAAAAAAUUUAAUUGGAGAGGAAAACGAUGUAUCUUAUUUUUUUUAAACAAACAAAUAUGAUCUAAAUCAAUAUUAUCGUCACAAACGACAAACAUGUCGUCCAUGUAUGUGACAUAUAAGUGAAAUCGAUUGAUCAUUGAAUAAAGUUAGUCACAAAACUAGAAAACGACCAACUCACUACAAUGAUCAAUCGAUUUCACUUAUACGUAAGAUACAUGGACGACAUGUUUGUCGUUUGUGUCGAUAAUAUUGAUUUAGAUGAUAUUUUACACACCUUUAACUUAUGCCACCUUUCCAUAAACAAAUAUGAUUUUAAAAUUUAAACAAAAAACAAAACUAUCUUUUUAAUUACAUCAGUAACCUAUUGACACUUCUCUUUAUGUUUAUUUUAUUGAAGGUAAUAUAAUAUAAUAAUAUAUUGGAUUGUAAUAACUUGUACCAAUUUAACUUGUAUAGUUUUUAAAAGAAGUAAAUGAUUACAGAAUUAUCAUUUAAUUUAAUUGUUUUGUUUCAAGAGUUUACAGUAUGUAAAUAAAUAGAGAAGCUAUGGUUUCUA